UGUCACACUGCACUAAACUACUCUACUAUACACAAAAGUAAAGUAAAGCGAAAAAAUCAAAUAAAUAUCAAAGAAGUCAAUUAAAAGUGAUCCAUUGAGCAGGAUUACUGCCCCAAAUUGAACCGGCUGCAUUAGAUGCUUGCAGACCAGUCGAAAGUUCCAAUCCAGAAGCAUUUGGCUAGUGAAAAGUGCAAAAUAAACAUAACCCCAGAGGAGGGGGCCAAAGAAAACACUCGAGUCUUUCGAAAAUAUUAUAUCCCAAUAUACCACACACAGCGCUUGGAUCGAAAAUGGCCACCAGCGAGAUUUCUAGCUCGAACGAGCGACACUACUACGCCAAACUGGAGGCCAUCAAGGACAUACGCGACAAGACGCUGUCCCUGGAGAAGCUGAAGGUGCGGAUCAUCAAGGAGGUGAAGCUGAGCGACGACGAGGAGAAGUGCUUGGAGGAGUACCGCAAGGAGAUGGAGCACCUGCUCGAGGAGAAGAUGUCGCAUGUGGAGGAGCUGCGCCAGAUUCAUGCCGACAUCAACGACAUGGAGAACAUCAUCAAGCAGACGAAGGAGAACCAGACGCGUUCCUUCGACAUGGCCAACCGGGUGUACGAGGAGUACUUGGCGCUCAAGUACCAGAUCGAUCACAUGCGCCGCGACUACCUCGGACUGAGUCCCCUGAGGGACCUGCACGAGGAGGAGGGCAGUCCCAUUUCGAAGGACCGCUUCCAGACCAACUUCCUGAAGGUGGCCGCCCAAUCGGCGGCAGCAGCAGCAGCCGCUGCGGCGGCGGCCGCCUCGGUUAACCAGUCUUCCGCGCUGGCCCGUCCGCAUGCCCGACAUCCGUUGAUGCCGGAGGCCACCGUCACCGCCUUGCCCUCGGGUGGCGGCCAGGGUGGUGCCGGCGGCGGCGGAGCAGGCGGUGGUGGCGGGUCGGUUGGCAGCGCAGGACCUGGCGGUGGGAAUCCUGGACACGCCUUCAUGCCGCCCGCACCGCCGGGAGCGGGCAGUGCUGCUGCCGCCGCCGCUGCGGCCGCUGCUGCAGUGCGUCUGGGCAAGGGCGAUUUCUCAGCACCACCACCGCCGCCGCCGCCCAGCAAUCGACUCCAACAAUCGCCCUCCAUCGGCAUCGGCCAUCAUCCCUCGUUCCGCUCCGACUUCAAUGUGAAUCUCCGCCAGCAGCCGCCGCCCAUGAAGUCCUGUCUCUCCUGCCACCAGCAGAUCCACCGGAACGCGCCCAUCUGUCCGCUCUGCAAGGCCAAGUCGCGCUCCCGCAAUCCCAAGAAGCCCAAGAAGAAGAACAACUAAGCGGCGAACGUUCAAGACCAGCAACUACACUCAUCUUAAGUCCGGAGCUGGUUCCGGAAUGUUAGCUCCUAAACGGAAAGGUGUUUUUUUUUUGCCUCGUAUAUUUAUUAAUCCAAAAGAAAAGUAUUACAACACACGUAUGCAGGUGUGCUGAUGGAUUUUCUCAAGUUUUAGAUUUAGAUUUAGUCUAGUUUUAAAGGCUUUUUGAAUUUUUAAAGAAUUUGCAAUAUUGAUUUAAACGUUAUAGACCAACCUAAAUAUUUUUUUUGACUUUAAAAUAUGUUCAGAUUUCCAUUCACAAAAUUCGGAAACCUAAAUAUGUCAAUAGACAGUUUAUACAUUAGUUUACCGAUUACAUUAUAUUACAGCAAUGAUUAUUUGAAAAAGUGAUUAAUUAUUUCAAAAAGCUAUUUGAAAUGCCUCAUUUAAUAUUUGCUUUAAAAUAUUUGAAUGACUACAUUCUGACGCAAUAUUUAUAACUAAAAUCUCGAAAGGAUUUCAUAACACACCUGCGAUCAACAAAUUCUCACACAAAUUUUAGUUGGUAAUCCAAUUCUAUUUGAUUAUUAUUUUUACUUUAAUCAUAGGCUAAGUUGAUUGUAAAAGCUCAAAUAAUGUGUCAAAAUAUCGAAAACAAAAUUUCUUUUUAUACAUGUAAGCCGUGCCGAAUAUGCAAUUAUGCCAUAUUAGGCGAACGAACAAAAACCGAGAAUAAAUAAAAGUAUUUCAUUUUUAAA